AAUAUUAUAGGAGGAGGAAGAAGAACCUGGCAACAUCCGUAGUAGUCACUGCGCAGACUCAAAGAUCAUGGCGGACGAAGUUGAGCAGCAACCGACUACCAACACUGUCGAGGAGCCACUUGAUCUGAUCAGACUCAGUCUAGAUGAGAGGAUCUAUGUCAAGAUGAGGAAUGACAGGGAGCUCCGCGGCCGACUGCAUGCCUAUGAUCAACACCUGAACAUGAUCCUAGGUGACGUGGAGGAGACGGUGACCACGGUAGAGAUUGAUGAGGAGACUUAUGAAGAACUCUACAAGUCGACCAAGAGGAACAUCCCCAUGUUGUUCGUCAGAGGAGACGGUGUUGUCCUCGUAGCUCCGCCUCUUAGGGUGGGCUAACCCUCACCACUUCCUGGUGCACAGGAGCGAUUGUGGCAGCUGGGAAGUUUCUAACCCUGAGGGAGAGGAAGGUGCUGUUAUGAGAGGCUGAAUAGUUCACACAUGAUCUGUCUUCUCACUGGACACUUACUUAUACAACUUACUUUUGUGGGGCUGCAAGGAUGUAAAACAUGUUUUGACUAAAGAAAAAAGAGGACUAUAGGUUUGAUCUUAGAGAGCCUGUUGUUUUAUCAUGGUUUCAAAUAACUGAGCAGCUUCAGUGUGAGAACGUUUUCACCCUGGUUCUUCAAGACAGAAAACAGAAGAUGGGAUUUAUGUGAUUCUUAAUUUUGCAUUUAUUCUUCAAGCAAAGUCAUGCAGUUCCUUCAGACCCAUGAACUGUAAAUAUUUGGGAGGUUGUUGGUUUCUGUUGGAGAGUUAAAAAAAAUUUUUUAGAUGCAUUUUUCUAAAGUUAUGUAGAAUUUUGCUCAGAAGUGUAAACCUUGUUUUCCUUUGAUUUUGUCAACUUGAAUUAAAAAGGUAGUGUGAAAAAGGC